UGCGAUCAAACCCAAAGCGAUGAGAUGAUGAUGCGUGCGCAAGCUUGACCGUUGGCUUGUUUUACCAUCUGCCCAAAUUUCUCGAAUUACGGACGGAAUUUCGUUCAGCAGCUUUAGGAGGAACACAGCUUACCUUAGGGAGCAUCACUACCGGCCUUGUCGGGCAAGAGUAUAAACAAGAACGCUAAACCCGUCAGCUAUGGAGCACCUGAACGCUUUGUUGGCCUCUGGCCAAUACCACGACGUGCUGGCAAUUAUCAAAGGUUUCCGCAAUGGAGCCGUAUAUGGCGCGAAGGUCCGCUUCCCACAUGCACUGGUCAUGACUUUCCUCUUUCGAACUGGAAGUUUUGAAGACAAGGCGCGAUUCAUCCUCAAAGCCACGUUCCAACAUAGCCGAAAUCUUGCCUUCUUCGUCACGAUCUACAAAACCCUUAUGGCCCUUCAACGGAACAUAAUGGGGAAAGAACAUAAUUGGGAUGCGUUCGUUGCAGGUGUCAUCGGAGGUUACAUUGUGUUUGGGAAGAACAACAACGUCAACAACCAAAUUGUGCUAUACCUUUUCUCGCGUAUCCUCAUUGGUCUGGCGAAACUCGCGGUAAAAAGCAAUGUCGUCGCGGAACCCAAGCACACGUUCUCUGUAUUUGCCGCUCUCGUUUGGGGUAUCGUGAUGUGGCUGUUCCGUCACAACCGAGAUACCCUGCAGAAUUCCUUGCAGGCCUCUAUGCAGUACCUAUACAAUGACUCUGAAAACUUUGAUACUUUCAGAAACUUCCUGUGGCAUAACAAGUAGAAAUUCUUCUUGUAUUUACAAAUAGAGUUCGUGCGGUCUAUAAGGGUCGAAGUAGCUUUGAUAUUUACAUGACAUAUAUUGGAAAGGAAAAAUGGAAAAGGGAAACUACAUUAAUAUACAAGGUCUAAGGUAGCUAUCAUGUCUAAUUGACUAUUUAGCCCGAGCACAUGACGCAGGCAUCCCGAUUGUCAAGAGAACAUGCCACUGCUGCCAUGUUCU